AUCAUUUGACGUACGUUGAUCAUUUGAGUUUUGGAAUAUUUUCAAAUACCUUGUUUUUUUGGUAGUUUUUGUUGGAACCAGAACAUUUGAUAAGGAUCAAAUUGAACUGAUAUCUAGAAGACUUAACCAACUGCAACUGGGUUGUCCCAAUUCAUUUCAUGCUGAUGUGAUGCUGUGUUGGUGAUAUGGAAGGAUUUUUAGUGCAGAAAAUGUGAUGACCCCACAGACAGAUUAGCAUCUUGGAGAAGAAAAACAAAAGAAAAACCAAGGAAGAAAUAUAAAAUAUUAGGGAGAGGUAGCAAUAAUUACUAAAAGAAAAAGAUGGGAAGGUGAAUGGUACAUGGCAUCAAGUUUUGGAUCUUGUGAGGCUUUUAAAUUUCAUAGUUUACCUUGCUCAUAAAUGAUGGGUUGGCAGAGGGAAGCAAAGGAACAGAAGCACAAAUCCAGAGAGGUGAAAAAGGGUGUGGGGGGACUAUAUAUACUGUAAACAUAUUACCACAAAAGCAGGAAUCUUUGGAUUUCUAUGCUUUCCUCCUACCGAAGCACUUUCUGAGUCUUGAGUCUUACUGAGAGACAAUUGAUAAUUCUUUGUUCUAUGCAAUGAACCUAUAAGAUCUGCAAAUUGAGUGAAGAACUUGAGAGCAGCUACCAUGGAUGGUGUGGUUCAGUUGCAAAGGCAGUUGCUUGACUACACAACCCAACUGUUUCAAGAGGGUUUCCUAAAUGAUCAGUUUACCCAACUUCAGCAACUCCAAGAUGAGACCAACCCAGACUUUGUGGUUGAAGUGGUGUCUCUCUUCUUUGAAGAUUCUGAGAGGCUUCUUAAUGAACUGGCCAACACCCUAGAUCAGCAGAGUAUAGAUUUCAGGAAGGUGGAUUCGCAUGUUCACCAGUUGAAGGGUAGCAGCUCAAGCAUUGGUGCACAGCGAGUUCAAAAUGUCUGCAUUGCCUUCCGCAACUUCUGUGAUGCACAGAAUACUGAAGGGUGCCUGAAAUGCCUGCAACAGGUAAAGAAUGAGUAUGCCCUUGUAAAGAACAAGCUUGAGACUCUGUUCCAGCUGGAGCAACAAAUUUUGGCAGCUGGUGGAUCAAUUCCUAUGUAGUAAAAGGCAAUAGGCUGUCAUCCAUGGUGAGCAAGAGGACAAAUGGCAUAUUGCAUUUGUAGAGAAGUUUCUUCUGCCUUUCUUUUUCUCCUUUUUUCCUUUCAAGGUGAUUACUAGAGGGUUAUGACGACGUUUGAGCUUGAGGUUGUACUAUAUCAAUGGAUGAAUAAUGACUGAAUGUGAAUCAAUGGCAUCACCUUUCUUCUCAA